UGGUGCCUUUAGAAUGCGAUUGGUCAUUUGGUGAUGUGGGUAAUUUAUAAAUUCUUGCAUUAUUUGCCAUCAAAACGGAAAUACAUGUCUACGCGAGCGUUUGCCGAAAAUUUAGUUCCACUGUGGGGAUUGAUAUAAGUGAGUGACGAAUGUAUUCGACAGUGUUCAACAUGUGAUUAAGCUGAUUUCAAUUUUUAACUUUCAUAAUAAAAAUUGGCUUCUCAUCCUGACAUUGUAGAAGGUCAUGACAGCUGUAAAGGUACAUGGUGGAAUUGACAUCUUGAGGUUGCCAGUGAAUGAAGAGGUUUAUGUUUGUUCACCAUGGCAUAUCAAGUAUACACAGUCUCAUAUACUGCAUUCCAAGUGUUCCAAAAGUGAGAAUGGUUGCAGUAACAAAGACAAUGAAGCUUGUCAAUUUUGCGUCUACAAUAAUACAUUAGAGCUGCCACAUAUGCCUGAUAUGGUAUUCCCCAAUAAUGUAUUGACUCUGACACAUCAAGAUGGAGCAUUAUUGCAGUUUAAUGCUUUAGAUGCACUAAGGCAUGUAUCCAAUGGGAAAAUCAAUGUACAAUUGGCAUGUGCAGAAGCAUGGAAGGAAUCUAGAUCGGACAGCAGUGAAUAUUUAGAAGAAAAAGUGAAACCUUUUGAUUGGACAUUUACUACAGAUUAUACUGGUACAAUAUUUGGUUUUAAAAUUGAGGAGACAAAUGAGAGAAUUGAUAUGGAUAAACUAAGGCAAAGAGAUAAAAUAUUGUUUUAUAAUGACUUAACCCUGUUUGAGGAUGAACUUCAUGACAAUGGUAUUGCGGUGAAUUCAGUAAAAAUUAGAGUCAUGCCCAGCAGUUUUUUCAUACUGUUGCGAUAUUUUUUGAGAAUUGACAAUGUAAUGCUAAGGAUAAAUGAUACUCGUAUCUAUCACGAACUUGGCAAAAAUUACUUGUUACGCGAGUUUACGUCGCGGGAAGCCAAGGUUCAAAAUAUUCGAGUCUCUCCAGCGCUCUUCCUGGAGCCAAGUGAAAUAGCGCCUCACUUGCCAUUGGUCGGAAGUCACUACCACAAGUUAAUAAUACUUGAGAAGGAAGUGUCUAAAUUAAACGAAGAUACGAUCAACUCCCGAGAUGCGGAAAAGCAGGGUACAUCCGCGAGCGAAGAAAAACCAGCAGAAUCUAGUGAACACACGACAGACAGUUCCAUUACUUAAAACUUUUGUGCCGAAGCGCCUGUGUUAUGUGAUAUUGUAUUCGUGAGGAAACAUCAAUGAGGAACUCACUUGUGCAGAUCAUAGACUCUCAUCAGACUUUGAUCAUGAUAAAACCCAAGGUUCUAUAUUUAUGCAUCGAAAGUAAAACAAGAGAAUUAUUUACAAUGGCUUUUAUCUCGGAUUGAUCAGUAUCAAGUCCUCAGUUCGAAACAGAUUUCGCUCUUAUCAUGCUUGUCACUUUAGUAUCUACGUUUUUCUUCUCGUAUCUCUGAUUUUUAAUAAAGA